AGUAAUGCACUUUCUCAGCCUUUUCGCUCAUGCCGUGCUGCUCUCGGUUUGGGCUAGUGCUCAGGAAACCGGGGAGGGUACUACUACACCUUCUUUUGAAGACCCUUCUAAAAACGACGAAUUUGAGAAAAGCAUCGAUCACAUACAACAUCCUGUAUGUUAUUGCGAUGACAAUGUUUAUCUUAAUCAAAGCUGCUUUGCUGACCUUAAAAGUGCAAUAGCUUCCGCGCAUCCUGAAAGUGUUAUAUACUUGAAGGGGACUUUCUACGUUCAUGAAAGUUUUAACGUUACCCGCAAUCUCAAUCUUUAUGGCGUCUUUUGCUCUUCGAAUUCAUCCGUUGUACCAAGGUUUAUUAGUUUCUUACGAAGCCAGGAAGAUGCCAACAAAACACAGAUUACGGAGGAACCUAUAUUUCGUCUAGCAAGUGACGGCUUUCAGACUGUUCGCUUAAGAAACUUGGAGUUUACAACUGUUGACAACAGUACACUUGGCCCGGCUAUCAAGGCGGAAAGACUAAACGGAAAAGAGCAUUGGACCUCCCUAGAUAUUCGCAACUGCUCCUUCAGUAAUUUUAUCAACCGCCUUAAUGGGUCCGCGAUCUCUUUAGACGUUGCUUAUCUCGUGCACAUUGAUAACCGCACAGUCUUCCAAAACAAUAAAGUUGAAGGUUUCUGUGACUGCUACGGCGGAGGCGCCUUGAGUGCCGAUUAUGUUUCGGACGCGUCUGUGCUUAAUAUUAGCGCAACAUUUAUUAAUAACGAGGCCAGAUUUAAGUACGACUGGGAAAGGAAACUGCUGGGCUCUGAGCAUUCCGAAGGCGGUGCAAUUUACUUUGCUUACGUUGACGGCCGUGUUAAUAUCGACGGAAACUUUUAUAACAACUCGGGCAACGACGGAGGAGCCAUAACCAUGACGACAGUCGACCAAGGCUACGUGGUUCUGGAAGGCCACUUUGAAAACAAUUCUGCGGUGGAUGGGGGAGCUGGUGCUCGCGGAGGAGUAAUCCGAAUCUUUAAUCUUUCUGGAACGCUCGAAUUAAAAGGAACUUAUAUCAAUAACACCGCCUUUGGGGCCACUGAAGACGCCGUGAAAACUUCGGCUAGAGGCGCCGUUUUCGCUGGAAAUUACUUGAUGCCCAAGUCCAAGGUGAUUGUGAACGGGAAUUUUACUGCUAACAAAACGGACAAACUAGGAACGAUAGUGAGCAUCUUGGGCUCUCGUAAGGAUCUGCGCAUCAACGGAGAAGUUAUAGUUAUGGGCUCCUCUCGGUUCAGUAACAAUACGGAAUUGGAUAGCAACGCAAACGCGAUCAUCUACAUUAGGGGAGCCGGAAAAGUAACCGAGCCCGAGUGGAAGGCCAAUAAGAAAAAAACAAUGAGGUUCAAAAGCUCAGGCUCUACUAAGACGGAAGCAAAUAUAGCUUAUUGCUGAUGAGAGCGGCGGGCUUGUGUUGGUCAAUAGUUGGUUAC